UGCCUGCUUUGUUUUGUUUUGAUGGUCGAGCUGCUGAUCGGAGACCGAGAGACAGGGGCUCCACCGGAGACCCGCUCACUAAAUGGGGAGAGACAAAUUGGUGAUGGAAGAUGACGGACCGAUAGCUGACGCUUGUAAAAUGCCGAGUUUUAUCAGCACUUUCGAGGAAGGGAGGGCGAAAUUGUCCCGCAACCAGCCGACAGAAACUUCCCUCACGGACGGUAAAGUUGAGCGGUCGGUGCGGGAUUUGAACCGUCGCGUCAGCAGAUCAGACUCACCGGACGGAGGAGAGGAGAGGGAACCGGAGGAGGAGGAGGAGGAGGAGGAGGAAGAAGAGGAGGAUGAUGAGGAGGAGGGAGAUAGGGAUGCGGAGGGAAACAACAACAACAACUGCAACAGCGGCGGAGGAGGAAGAGGAGGAGGAGAGAAGAGGAGGGCGAGCGCUGUUGAGAUUUUGAGGUGGAAUUUCGGGGUCUCCAGAUCUCCCUCUGUGUGUUUGAGCUCAAGUAGUCGGAUGCAGCGCGGCACUGAGGAUGAAAGCCACGAAAGAAAUGUUAACAACGGCGUCACUAACCAUGGGACUGAAUGUGACGAGUGUGACCGAGAAGCGCCGGGCGAAGCGGUGACACGAAACGAGCCAACCCCGAGCGAGUCAACGACCUCAGACGCUGAGGGAGUUGAAUUUGUUUCGGUGACAGGUCAGUGCCGUCGUAAAUGUGACAGUGGCAGCUACGCAGUAAAUUUAGACGAGUCUUUUAGUGUCAAAGAGCAUGUUUAUUGCACAGUUUACUGCAUUGCUAACGACAACCGCAGACUAGACGGUGAAAUCUCAGACGGCUACCAUGAAACUGUCACACCUGACGGGCACGGAGGGGAGCUGGAGACCGGGCAGGAUGCGGGGACAAGCCCCGAACAGAUGCUUUACACGUUGGAUGACCUGGUGGAUCCUUUCGGGAUUAUGGCCCACCGGUUGUCCCCGGAGCAGGCCGGUGCAGAGACUGCGAUGCCCAGCUGCCGGGUGUGCCUGGAGUCGAAAACAAUCGCACCCCUGCCCUGCUGCAGGACGGCCGUGUGUGAUGAGUGCUUGAAACUCUACGUCAGCUCCCAGGUGAGAGUGGCCAAGACUUACAUCAGCUGUCCAAUCCCAGAGUGUAGCGGCUCGCUGAAGGAGGGAGUGGUGGUUUCCCAUUUAGCCAGUGAAGACGUGGCGAAAUAUCAUUACUUUUUGGAGCUGAGUCAGCUGGACUCAAGCACCAAGCCCUGCCCCCAGUGCAGUGAGUUCACCUCUCUGAGGAAGCACAACCCCAACCGCGCCGAGCAAAAGUACAAGAUCCAGUGUAGCAAAUGCCAGUUUGUGUGGUGUUUUAAAUGCCACGCACCCUGGCACAUUGGGCUGAAGUGUCGCGACUACAGAAAAGGAGACAAGCUGCUACGAAGCUGGGCGAGCGUCAUCGAGCACGGACAAAGAAACGCCCAGAAAUGCCCGCAGUGCAGGAUCCACAUUCAGCGCACAGAGGGAUGCGACCACAUGACCUGUACGCAGUGUAACACUAACUUCUGUUAUCGCUGUGGAGAGCGCUACAGACACCUAAGGUUUUUUGGGGACCAUACAUCCAACCUCAGUGUGUUUGGCUGCAAGUAUCGCUACCUACCAGAUAAACCACAUCUGAGACGGCUAAUUAGAGGGUCUGUCUGUGCCACUAAGGUGCUGAUAGCUCCGGUGGUCAUUUUGCUGGUCGUGGUGCUUGGAGCCCUGGCACUGGUGAUAGGUUUGGUAGUUUUCCCAGUCUACUAUGUUUGUAAGAGGAGGAAGAAGCAGCGCACCCAGGGCUCCGGGCGAUGGAUCUGAAACCUGUCCUGCGCUUCAUCCGGAACACACACACACACACGGCUCAAAAAGACAACAUCCACAUCUCCUCAGGGACGUACACGCCAGCCUGAGUCAUCGCAGAAGUCUGAGACAACCAUCAAAAAAUGAACACUGGCAAAUUAGCGAAGAGCUUUCAGGUUAAUAAAGCGAGACCUGGAUGAUCACACGUCAUUAUGUUGAGAAUAUUUUUAUCUCAUGGGACCACUGCUGCACAAGGAAUGCUUUAUUAGGCCAACUCUUGUCCCAGACACUUUCGGUUGCAGUUUUUCUCUCUUCUGUCAUAUUCAACACACAUUUCACAAGCGUUAUCUUUGAGGGGAAAAAAUCAAAUCAUGUAAUAGAUGGAUAUAGCUUAGUUUUGGCUUUAGCUUUUGAUGUUUGACAGUGCUGGAUACUAAAUUAUGAAGGUGCCACAAAAAUUCCUUGACUGGGGAAAAGACUGGAGGAUCUCGCUGGUGAAUAAUGCCGGAAAUGUGAGACUGUUUAUAUCUUCCUUAUUGAACUUCUGCAAAAGCUUCCAGCAGCUGAUUGCGCUUCAGUGACCAAGGAAAAAAAGUGUGAGAUGGAAACCAAUUUUGGAACAAGCGAUUAUGGAGAGAAGAGUCCUCACAGAUGCAGCAAGAGCUGGACGUUGAAUUCGUCGUCUUCUUUGCAUAUUGGAAACUCCCAUAGCGAUUUGAGUCUUUGACAAGCACACACCAUAGAAAAUGAUAUCAAAGGAGUAAACGCGGAAGGAGGAUACUUACUAUUUAUACUAUUAUGCUGGAUAACGUUGACUCUGCCUGAUCUGAAGUUCUUGUUCGAAGGUUUAAAAGUCCCCGAUUGGUUUUAGAAACCACAUCCACCUAAUGGAGUUAUAUUGUUAGCAAGCUUUUAUUUUUUUCUGUUGUCUUCCAUCAAGACUUCCCAUCUGUCUAUCUCUGUAUAUCUGGCUUUCUUUAUGUCCCUCCUGUCUGCCUGGCUGAGCUAAUGCACACUCACCUCCUCUCUGCUAUGCUCACAUAGUGUAUGCCAGCAUCUGCAUCAACAAAAAAAGAAAAAAAAGCUGCUGUGUGGCAAUUGUGCCAAAACAAAACGCUGAAUGUGGCAGGCUAGACAGUAAAUCCUUUCCCUUUGUUUUUUCCCCUUUUUUUUUUGUUGUUAAUUUUUUUUAGGGGUUGCAUUUUACAGAGGUUUGUGUGGUACUGCUGUCAGUGUGUCGUGGAGUUUGCAUAAAGAAAUUGACAUGGAGGCUCUGUAAGAUCGCACAUGUUGUAAGAAUUUGCAUAAGACGGUUGGAUGAAAAGACUGAGCAGUGAUACCUGUAGAUAAACAGAAGAAAGUAUUUACUUUUCAGUUGUUCUUUUUGUUUUGUUGUGUGGGCAGGUUUGCCAAAGGGCUAAACAGGGUGUUUGAUUUUAAAAAUAAGAGUUUCGAGAUCACCAUCAGGCUGCUGUGCACUGAUUACGUUUUAGAUUCAAUUUGGAUGUUACUUUUUAGGUGAUCAGGUUUUCAAGGUGUUUAACAAUUGAUUUGAAACGUUUGGUUUUGCUUCAGAUAUUUGCCUUGAAACAAGGAUGUCUGUCUGCUUGAGAGUUUGGAUGGUGACAUAGUGGUUUCCAAUGAGAACACACACACCCUCUUCAGCUCACUCACAUACGCACAUGAGAAAGCACACACACGGCACGCUGCCAGGAAACAGGAGAUUUCCAAGAGCUUUAAAGGUCAUCACCUGGCAGCAGCCAGAUUUCUUUCCUUCACUUAUCCCUCUAUCCUCUCCUCCCUGCUGCCACGCCUUCAUUUUGUUUAAUUGCUUCUCUUUUUUUUUCUCUACCGCCCUUUUCCUUGUUCUAUCGCUUUGCUCACAUCCUUUCGCCCCUCUGAGGUGUAGCUAGACUUACAUCCUGCCGGCCUCAGCAUCGAGGUGGGGAGGUUAACGAUUUCAGUACAAAAGGCUCAAUCGCCAAAAUGGGUGCACAUCCACUGGAGCUGUGGCUGCUGUUGAGCCACAACAUCCAUUCAGAUUGGAUGCUUUUGAGCCUCUUGAUGUGUGGAAAUAACACAGAGCUACCUGCGGUGCACGCUGCAGUCAAAGAUAAGUGGUUUCCACAUCAGUCACAGAUUUUUGUGUGUGUGUGUUUAUCCCACCACUCCAUGGAGCAAUCUGGUUUUUGUUUUCGCUCCCUCAUGAGAGCUGUAUGAAGUGAAGACUGAAGGAAACAAACUAAAAGGCAAGGCUAAGCACAAUAUAUCUGCACAUAGAAAUGUUACAGUGAGAAAAAUCUUCUGUCCUCACAGGCAGUAAAGAUAGAAACUUAAGCACUGGAGACAAUGGCUCUCUUUUAUCUGUUACUGCAGCGGCUUUGUAUCAGUGCAUCUUUAAAUCUGUUUAUCUGUGGAAUAUAUUAUGAGUGUUACAGCACAUUUCACCACUGAAUCUUCACUAAAACCAGAAUUGAAGGUAUUAAGGGUAAGCAGGUUGGAUGUUCAUGCAUGUUAUACAUUUUGCAGUGCAAUACCAUUAGCUCGGCUUUGUCCCAGGUAUCUGAGACAGCUUUUACAUCUGGGCGAUAAGAAAAAUUCAACUGCGAAAAAUACAGUGAACCUGUAGAUACAAGAUUACUGAAGGUCAUAGAGAAUAUACUGUUACAUACUAAAUCAGUAGGUCCGGACUCUCAGGGAGUUUUUCUGUUCACUGCACUCAUAGCAGCCCUUUAUCUACAUAAACAGUGCCACAGAAAUUACCGGAUAGCACCGCCGUUUCAAAAUGCUUCCUGAUGCAUUUGCCCAGAGCUGCUUAGCAACCAUAUUUAGUGUCAAAAGAGAUCCAGAUAUCUUAGUGUGUUUCCCAGCCUUUACUAGGAAAUUCUUUGAAUGUUGUGUGGUGGUCAUGGGGUCAGAUCUGGGCCUUAAAACAAGAAAGGAGGACAGGAAAAGUUGUGUUGAAUCAGCACUUAGCAUUUAAAUGUGUCAAACAAAACCAUUGAAACAUGUUUGCAACCUGUUGUUUAGUUUUAACAUAUGCAUACGUGUUUUGUCCACCUGCUCAGCUAGUCCUACACUGACAUGUUGAAUUGUUGAAUUGCUGCAUUUUUAUUUUUAUUUUUUGCUUAAAUGACCUAUGACUGAUAAGUAUGAGCUGUUUUUUCAGUGACAUGAACAUAUGUAUGUACUAUUUCCAUGGCAUUUUACCAGAAACAUCCGUACACUGUACCACUGCUGAAACGAGUUGACCCAUUGAUGAUCUUAUUGUCGGAAAUUGACCACUGACCACUUUUAUACUCAUUUACAUAAUUUGUCAAAAAUAUGCAGAACAUUUAUAGUCACAUGUUUUGUCUUCACCAUCCAGUCAAUCAUGUCCACGACCUAACCUACUCACUGAGGCGGUCCGUAUAACCUGGCUGGUGCUAAUUCAUUCUGCUUUCUCCAGGGAAUACACUGCUUCUGCAUUAUAGCCACUUCCCCAGCCUCCACUAGCAUUAGUAUAAGGUGUGGCUGCAGGAGAGGUUCUCUGCAGUGGCGUUCAUCAAAUAUUGUGUCUCAGACUCUGCCCAGGGGUUGCGAGCUCAGGGAUGAUCUCAGACAUGAGCAGAGUCACACCACCAAACUGAACAAUGCACGUCAUGUUGAAAUAAAUAAAAAAACUUGGCUCGAGUGUCCUGUCUGAACUAACAUCUGGUCAGACAUUGUAAACAACCUCUUAGGGGCCAAAGGAUUUGCUGUCAGACAGUAAUUGCAAAUAUGAAUUUUAUAUACCUAUAUAUAUAUAUAUAUA